AUGGGAAAGAAGCAAUUUGACAGCGUAACCACCUAUAUCGAGAGAGCUCCAACCGACUCAGUCAGUCAUGAAGACAGGGUAUUUCUGGCUGCUUCUCAGCAAGAGGAAGCAAGCCUUUAUUGUUACAAGAGCCCGGUCAGUAGCGCUGGUAACUGCUUGCGGGCGACAUUGAACCGUCCACUUUUGCCGUCCAACAGGGACGAAUCGCUGAGGUUCCUCGGGGAUUUUGGACAAGGUUCGGCAAACCGUGCGCGAGGUAGCAUCGAAGAUAUUCUAUACCCUUCCAUUACCCUCAUCGGUGCUCAUGGAUAUGGAUACGACACCCAUCACAAGAUAAGUCUCGAUCGUAUGCUCUUCAGACAGAUCAUCAAGGAUUUUGAGCUUCCCAGUAUGAGCGAGGAAGUGGUUCAGUCCAUUCAUGGGGUGUUUUGCAGCUUCGAUGAGGUCGAGGAGCAAGAUGAAAUCACUCACAGUCAGGUUAAGUCUCUCGUCGUCACUUUGUCCACCUCCAAAUCUCCGAUGAGGCAAUCUUUCCUCUCGAUGAGAGUCCGAGUCGUUGAGAAGCAGUGCUCAAUAACCUGCAUUCUACUGGAGGGCAAGCGGCACGAUCUCUGCAGGGUGGUCAGCAAAGUCCUUGCUCGCACGGUAGAUUUCGACUGGCGGCACCCACUGGCCUUUCUUGUCGCGCUGCUUCGGGAUAUUGGGCAGGCCUCAGAGGUAAAGCGAAAAGAGUUGGAUGACCAUAUCGUGAAGAUUGAAAUGGAGACCAACACGUGUAUUCCCCCGCCGGUAGAGGGUCAGCCGGAACCACUCUUCACCAAGAAGGUCUGUUGGCCCGAGGAUCAUUACGAGUGUAUAGGCCUCCUAGACAGGUGCAACAACCAGCUCGUCUUUGCCACCAGGGCCGUCGACGAGGAAAUUGAAGCGUGGAGGCAACUGCAGGGUCUGCUGGAGGAUAGAAAUUCGAUAUGCAACGUUGAAGGACCGACCAACAAGAACAUCCAAACCACAAUGCUGAACACGGUCAAGUUCCAGUUGACUCAUACCAAGAGUCGAAGAACUCAGAUCCAGGGCCUUAGAGACCGCGUUGCUGUGCAAAUUGAGUUGUUUGGAGACCCGGUCAACAUUCAUGUUGGUGUGAUUGACAACAUUCCCAAGAUCCAUAACAUGACGGCACAUAAGGAGGCCUCGCAGACUACCAUGAUUGCCAUAGUCGCGCUGAUUUAUGCGCCUGCGAGCUUGAUAGCGACCAUCUUCAGCGCCGGUCUCUUCGCGACCGACGACCACUCCUGGACCACCUACAUACCAUCUACAGUCCCUAUUACUUUGGCCAUAUUUGUACUCGGUCUCCAAUUUACGAAGCUUCAGGCCAUGCUUAGGCAAGGGUGGAAAGUUGCAGUAGGGGGAUGGCAGGAUGUAGGACAGAAGGAACCAAGGAUGUCGGUUUGA